AUGACAACAACGGAUCAAACCAAAUCAUUCAUUGAUAAAUUUAUUAUUGAAAGUAAACAAAGUCAAUCAGAUGAUCAAAAGAUAUUAGAGUUUGGUGUAAAGGAUACUAUCGAUGUAAAGGGGUAUCAGAGUAAAGCAUGUUGUCGUGCAUUUGAAAGUGUUGAUGUUGCAAAGGAGCACGCCGAGAUUGUAGAGAGAUUGUUGAAUGCUGGGUGUCGUGUGGUUGGCAAGACUAAUAUGCACGAGAUGGCUUAUGGACUAACAGGUAUCAACGAGUAUACUGGAACACCCGAUAAUCUAAAGUACCCAGGUAUCGUACCCGGUGGAUCAUCGUCAGGCUCUGCAACAGCCGUCGCACACUCAAUGUGUGACUUUGCAUUGGGCACAGAUACCGGUGGAUCGGUUAGAAUCCCCGCUGCAUGUACCGGUGUCUUUGGACUUAAACCAACACAUGGUGCAGUCAGUAGAAUAGGUGUACACCCACCACACUCAUCACUAGACUGUGUUGGAUUCUUUGCAAGGGAUAUUGACACUAUCAUCAAUGUUUUGGAACGACUCAACCCUCAAGAUCUAGAUGCCAAGCAAUUGUUAAUAACGAAACUACCAAAGUUUGGGGUGUUGACAGGACUUGCCAAUGUACAAGAAGAUAUCGAUAACCUUAUCAAGAGUAAGCUCACGUCGUUGGUAGCUGCCAAACAGGCUAAUGGAGAGGGAGGUGAGAUUGUCCCAAUUACUCUGCAAGACAAUACACACGACCAAGUGUUUCAGGCUGGUGUCAAUAUAAUAGCAUUUGAAAAUUACAGUGCCUAUGCUAAUAUACUCGAUCGUGUGUCUCCAGAUGUAGCAUCAAGACUUGGACAUGGAAAGAAUGUGACGUCAAAUAUAUUGGCCGACUCUGAAAAGACAAGAACCCAAUUCACCGAACAAAUCGAUCAACUAUUACAAUCAACACCAAUCAUUGCACUACCAACACUUCCAGUACUCCCACCAACCGUCGAGGAAGUGAGUAAUGGGUCAUUCCAGGUGAUGCAAUUGUCACGUCUUGUACGUCCAUUCAACGUUACUGGACAUCCAGCCAUCUCCAUUCCAUUUGGUGAGAUUUCAAAUAGACCAGUUGCACUUCAAUUAAUCACAUCAAAAGGGAAUGAAUUAUAUCUUUGUAAAGUUGUACAAUUAUUAUUGAAUCCAUAA